AUGGGUAACGUGCUGUUCGGGGUUCUUGGAGUAAAUGAGGAUGUCGUCAAGAUAGAUGAAUACGAAAUCACCGAGAAAAUCUCUAAUGUUAUAAAGUCCUGGGGCUCCGUUGAAGGCAAGCUCACACUGAAGAAGAAAACCACCGCACUGUGUGGCCUGUCAAGCACGUGCAGGCAGGAACUGGCUCUGGAGGUGCGACUGGAGCUACAGGAGGAGGAGAAAGAAUGCUGGUACAUAUCCUUGAAAAUCAUCAUCAGAGUCGAGGGCCCAAGUUGGGCGUACGAUGGUGGGUCAGUGAAACCAGCCAGAGAGGGGUACAGCUUUGCCGUGGGAGACGGAGUGGCAUGGAGCUUUGAGGCUCCAGAGGACAAACAGGAUGUGUUUGCUAACAGGGCCUGUCCUGCCUUUCUGACCUUCAGAAACACUGCGUACCUGGCAGGAGUCACUGUGGAGCUGUCCUGCCACUGCAAGCCUCAGGAGGUCCAGUCCGUUGUGUGGUUCUUCAGGAAACAUCAGGCGAGCACUGAUGAGACCAGGGUCCUGACAGAUCACCAAGGCAACAAGCUGAGAUACUCAAGUCAGGUCCCUCACAGUGACAACCUGCAAAGUCGGUUUUCCAUCCGACUCUUCAGCCUGCUGAUCUUCAGAGCAGGACCCAGUGAUUCGGGUCUGUAUAUCUGCGGCUCCACCCAAAGUGACUUCUUCUUUGGUUAUGACCUGGACAUUCAAGGAGCUCCCAGGCUGAGGCAUCAGGUAAGACUGAGGUGGGUGGAUUUAAAACAGAGAUCUUCUCAAGCUGGUUUACUCGCUCUGGUGCAUACUCACCCUUUGUACCAGGUCUUCACCAGCUUCCAGUCCUGGUCUGUGUGUGACCGUUGUGGUAUUCCAGGGGAGCAAGUCCGUGUGGGACUUUGUUAUGUACAAUCCCGCUUUCUGCACGUCCGCUACAGAUGGUCUAAUCAGACAGUAGCUUCUUGUGGUUCAGGGGCAUUGACCGGAGCUUUGAACCAUCUAAAACAGAGCAGUGUGGGACCUAUGUUGCAGGUGAAAAGCUGUAAAGUGCCCUGUCCAACUGAAGCCCCAACCCCUUUGAACGUCGUUGCUCUGAUGGCGUUUCUUGGUUACAGUUCUGCUUCCUUGCUAGUCAAGGUGCCUGUGUUCUACCUGAAUUGCGCGUCAGAUCGUGUCCUAACCCUGGGAUGUCCUGGUGCUCAUCCGGAUAUGGCUGUGGCCUGGGAUCAAGGAUUGAAACCGAUCUACAGAUCAGAGCACACAUUUAGGGGUGAUGUUAAUGCCAACCCUCCGAGGCUGCAGAUCGAUAUGGGACACCACCUGCUCUUCCAACCAGCAAAAACCCAUGACUCAGGUGUCUACUAUUGCUGGCUGCAGGGACGCAGGGUUGCUGAGAUCCACCUGUUUGUUUAUCCUCAUCUGGGUGGAGGAGAGUCCACACUGUCCCACCCAGACCUCCCAGCAGCUGUUCAGAUGGUGUUAAAGGCUUAUGCUGCCAUGUUCUGUCUGUUCUGUCUGCUGUUGUUGUGCAGAACUUGGCUCAAAUAUAUGAGGGACAAAGCAGAAACACAUGUGAAUUAA